AUGGUUCGCCUGACUGUUAUCUCUCUUCUUACCUUGGCCGUGACGGCUUACGCCGCACUUGACCCUUCCGAGUUGAAAAACGUCGGUCAGGGGAACGGCAAGCAGUUCAUCACUGGUAAAUGCCUUAGCAAUGCUGAUUGCUCGACCAACUGCUGCGCCGGGAAAAACGGCGGCGGUGUCUGUUCUGCCGUUGCCGUCGCCAACGCUGACGGCAAGACUGGUUGCGGAUUUGGGGGAGGCAACGCUGGCAACAACGGAGCCAACGCUGGCAACAACGGAGCCAACGCUGGCAACAACGGAGCCAACGCCGGCAACAACGGAGCCAACGCCGGCAACAACGGAGCCAACGCCGGCAACAACGGAGCCAACGCCGGCAAUGGAGGUAACCAGGGCGUCCCUACGGGUGACGGGGCGGAAAACUUCGCCAACGGAGCGGGCAAGCAGUUUAUUACUGGCGUAUGCGCUAGCGAUGCUGAUUGCGCGUCUACGUGCUGCGCCAAGACGACCAAAGCCUGUGCUGCCAUAGGCGCUGUUGGCGCGGAAAACUGCGGAUUCGUCGCCUAG